CCGUUAAAGGCGAGUCCAGUUGCCUCUGUGUCAGUGUGUUCAUAGAGAGUGUUGAGUUUUGGAAGCUUAUUCGGCUUAGGUUUAUUACGAAUUUGUCGUGAACCAGCCACUACAUCUACAUCGAAAUGGCUGAUCAACUUACAGAAGAGCAGAUUGCUGAAUUCAAGGAGGCCUUCUCACUCUUUGACAAGGAUGGAGAUGGCACCAUCACUACCAAAGAGCUGGGCACAGUCAUGCGCUCUCUGGGCCAGAAUCCCACAGAGGCAGAACUGCAGGACAUGAUCAAUGAAGUGGAUGCUGAUGGAAAUGGAACGAUAGACUUCCCAGAAUUUCUGACCAUGAUGGCCAGGAAGAUGAAGGACACAGACAGCGAGGAGGAGAUCAGAGAAGCAUUCCGUGUCUUUGACAAGGAUGGGAAUGGCUACAUCAGUGCUGCUGAGCUGCGCCAUGUGAUGACAAACCUUGGUGAGAAGUUGACUGAUGAAGAGGUGGAUGAAAUGAUCAGAGAAGCAGACAUUGAUGGGGAUGGACAGGUCAACUAUGAAGAGUUCGUACAAAUGAUGACGGCGAAGUGAAGGCCUUGUACAGAUUUCGUAUAUAAAUAAUUUGCCUUUUUUUCUUUGUGUAAUUUAUCUGUAAAAUCUUAAUAGCCCCUAUUCAUCCCUGCCCCUUCUGCUGUCCAAAGGAACUGCAUGUAAACUGCAUAGGCUCUUGUCCCCAUGUCCCUUUCUUUUGCUGUCAUGGUGUUUUGGAGUGACAGAACGGUCAUACAACCAGAUGCCGUGGAGGCCCCUGGAAGCUGGAGAACUUGGAAUUUUCCUGUUAUGUGCUCGGGGCCCCCUCCACGCAUGGUGACAUUGGAAACCUGUCAGCUGGUUGUCACUUGGCAACACUGUUGGCAUGGAAACGAUGUAGAGAAGUUGAAACUCUGCAUGGACUACGGACAAAGUAUAUAUGGAAAUCUCAGCAUUGCACUACUGCAAAAAAAUGACACGGGUGUAUCUCCUAGGUACUCGUACAAACUCUUUUUGUAUCUGCUGUUCUAUAUACCAGAAAAAUGACAAAUUUUACCAUGCUUUUUAAUGUUUUACUCACUACUCUUCCUUUUUUUUUUUUUUUUUUUUUUUUUUUUCUUUCUUCUUCUCUUCUUUUUAAAUGACCACAGGUCAAAUAAUCCAUUCCAAGUUGUAUAUUUUUUUUUUUUUUUGGGUUUUUUUCCAAUAAAAUUUACAAUCUACCCAUAUUUGAAAAUUGUCUUGUUUUCAGUUAUGGAUUGUUGAGUUUGUAUACCCUGUAAUAAUUCCCAUUUUGUAUUGAAGACAGGAUGCUCCAGUUUUGAUAGGGUUUUUUUUUUCUUUUUUCUUUUCUUGUUGCUUGGAAUACAUGAGAUGUUUACCAAUUAAGUCCCCCUGUUAACCCCCCUCCCCCACAGCACUGAGGAGCAUCAGCCAAUGCCUCUUAAUGUUCAGAAAAGCUCACAUCAGAUGUGCAUUGUCAUUAAAAUAAAAGCACUGAGUGGGAUCAAAGGCUUCUAUUUUGAAGUACACACAAUGGUACUCGAAAUUAGAUUAGCCUUGUACUGUCCGGCUCACCCAUCUGACUGCAUAGGCCGUGUGUGUUAGAGCCAGCACAGCACCAUGUAGGACCUGACUGCCUCAUGUCUUGCGUGGCAUUUGCCCCCAAUCAUAAGAUGUGGGUGACUGAACAUGUAUCAGAAACCAUGGUGUAAAUAGGUGUACCUGUGUGGGACUCUUAUUUUCUGUUUUAUUUCUGAUGAGUUUGUUACAGUAGCUUGCAGAGAUACUAAGUUUGUUAUUUUGAUGAAUGACAAAAUAAAGCUCUAUUGUGGACCUCUG